AUGGCGGGGAGGCCCGGGCCUGUCCUCCCUCCUGCCCGGCCCGGCCCUGCCCUGCCCCUGUCCGCUCCUGCCCUGUCCGGGCUCAGCCCCGCUCCGCUCCCGCCGCAGCCAUCGCGGCCCCGGGCCCUGCCCAGCGGCUGGCCCCGGCUGGCCCCGGCUGGCCCCGGGCCCUGCCCAGCGGCUGGCCCUGCCCCCUACCCGGUACCUGUCCUCCGCCCGCCCUCCCGGCUGGACCCACCCGCGGGGAGGGGCGCCGCCGGCCAAGGCCCGGGGCCGAAGGACGGCGGCCGGGCCUCGGAGGGAAGAGGGAGAGCUGCAGGAGCGGACAUUGAAACGGGUGAGACUUACGGGCAGGAGGAAGAAGGGCGUGUGUCCAUGAGUUACUGCUUAAUAGCGCACAUUAUCUGCCGGGAUCGCAAGACGAGGAGUCAAAGUGAAAAUAGUACCAAGUCCUGGAAACGACAACAUGACGGCACCGCAAGCGCCCCCUCGGCCCGCCCCUUUCCCCAGGCAGGCGCAGGCGCAGUUCGCCCGCCGGUCCCCCCCCCCGUCAUGGCGGCGGCGGCGGCGGCGGCGGCCGCCUCCUCCUCGUCGGCCUCUCCUUUCCCGUCCUCCUUCCCGCCCCCCGAGCCGCCCUACUGCCUGGGCCCGGACCACGCGCGGGAGCGGCUGCGGGACGACGCGGUGGAAACGGUCACCUCCGCGGAACAGACGAGAGUAGAAGAUAAGAUCCAGGAAGUCUUCAGUGCAUACGGGAUCAACCACCAUGUACCAAGGCUCAUUCUGCAGCGAGAAAAGCACUUCCACUAUCUGAAAAGAGGCCUGCGUCAGCUGACUGAUGCCUACGAGUGUCUGGAUGCCAGCCGCCCCUGGCUCUGCUAUUGGAUCCUGCACAGUUUGGAGCUGCUCGAUGAGCCCCUCCCAGAAUCGGUGGCCUCAGACGUGUGCCAGUUCCUGGACCGGUGCCAGAGUCCGAGUGGCGGCUUCGGAGGGGGUCCUGGCCAGCAACCCCACCUGGCUCCAACGUACGCAGCAGUCAGCGCACUCUGCAUUAUCGGCACCGAAGAGGCCUUCAAUAUCAUCAACAGGGAGAAGCUCCUGAGAUAUCUAUACUCCCUGAAGCAGCAGGAUGGCUCUUUUAUCAUGCAUAUCGGAGGCGAGGUGGAUGUCAGAAGUGCAUACUGUGCAGCAUCGGUGGCCUCUCUGACCAACAUCAUUACACCCACACUCUUUGAGGGGACCGCUGAGUGGAUAGCAAGGUGCCAGAACUGGGAAGGUGGAAUUGGUGGUGUGCCAGGGAUGGAAGCCCAUGGUGGGUACACGUUCUGUGGGCUAGCGGCAUUGGUCAUCCUGAAGAAGGAGUGCUCUUUAAACCUCAAGUGUUUGCUACAAUGGGUGACGAGCCGACAGAUGCGGUUUGAAGGUGGAUUUCAGGGGCGCUGCAAUAAGCUGGUGGAUGGGUGUUACUCCUUCUGGCAGGCGGGUUUGCUGCCACUACUGCAUCGAGCUCUGCACGCACAAGGUGAUCCUGCCCUGAGCAUGAACCGCUGGAUGUUUCAUCAGCAGGCCUUGCAGGAAUACAUUCUCCUCUGCUGCCAGUGUCCUGCAGGAGGACUUCUGGAUAAGCCUGGCAAGUCGCGAGACUUCUACCACACCUGCUACUGCCUGAGUGGUUUGUCCAUAGCCCAGCACUUUGGCAGUGGAGAUAUCCUGCGUGAUGUGGUCUUGGGGGUGCCGGAGAACCGUUUGCAUCCCACCCAUCCUGUGUACAACAUCUCACCAGAUAAAGUGGUCCACGCUGUCAUGCACUUCCUGAAGAAGCCAGUCCCUCACCUGGAGGAGGAGGAGGCAACAGCUGCAGCCAAGGGUGUUACUGCUACCAACUAGAAAGCACUAUUUCUCUGCCCACUCAUCCUGGAGUUAUGUAUUCUCUCUCUCUCUUUCUCCUUAUCUUCCUUUCUCUUCCUCUCUGUUUGUCAUCCUUUCUCCCUCCUUUUGCUAACACAGUGCCUAAGACCUGGAGAUGUUCCAACUGAUUCUUUGAAAGCCUAGGGGCUUGCCAGACCAAAACCUUCCACCCAGUUGCGGUGUGGCCUGGGGGAGCAAUGCAUGCCGGGGAGAUAGUUGCCUUCUGUCUUGCCAACACCUCAGCCAGAACUGGUGAGAAUCCAGGUAUUUUGACAUCUGACCCAAUUGCUGCUGUGACAGCUUUCACUCUGUCCUGAGUCACCAAAAGGAGAUACUCGUCCAGCCUGGGGCAGACAGAAGUCCUCUAGGGCCUGCUGAGACAAGUCCCCUAGAAAUCGUGCAUGUGGGAUUCCAGUUAGACUUGGACUGGAGUGUGAUUCUUCAGUGCCCCACUACUCUGCUCCAUGACUGCCCUCUCCCCCACCCUUCCUCUCUCUCUCUCCCUUUAUCUCUUCCUCUCUCUCUCUCUCCCAACCCUCCCUCUUUUUCUUGGGUAAGCGGGAGUUAGAUAUAUAAGUAGAGAGUGAGGAACCUUGUGGGUAUAGCUCAACUGGAAAAGGCCACAAAGGAUCUGGAACUUGGGCAAUCCUGGCCCUGGAAAACCAUCUCCAGGUCGUAAGGCGAAAGGAAGAGAAUUACUGCUCAUCCUGGGCCUCGAUAGCGCUUCAGCAGCACUUUGGCUCCUGGAGGAACAUUGCUGUGGGCCAGCUGGGAGGGCCAUCCCAAGGAUAGGAUUUCUUUCUUUAUCCUUGUAAUAACACUACUAAAUAUCUCACCAUAACUGACUCAGGAUUCACCCACUGGCUCCCAGAGACAAAAUCUUCCAAACAGAUGGGUGCCUACUACUAAAUUAGGUUAGAAAAUCUAGUUGUUGAGAGAGCCUCUGCUGCAAAGAGAGUCCGAGUUGGUUACUCUCCUGCAUGGAGAGAAGUUUAGUCACCUAGUUUGGGGCAAUAUCUAACUCUAGCUAGGCUUCUUGAUUAAGCUGUAUGUGAGACUGAGGAGUAAUUCCAAUGCUAACAUGCCAGUGGGACUCAGAGAAUUACUGACCCGGCUUCUCCUGUGUGGAUGGUUGGAAGAUGCCCAGUGAGUGUCUUUUGCUUUCAAAUUCAGAAGAGUUGUUGCCUCUAGUAGCCUAUUGCUUUGGAUUAAAGAGCUGUGUAUUACUUCUUUUAGGUAAUAAAAAAGUUCCAUUUUCAUCAUGA